AUGCCUAAAGAUAAAGGAAAACCAUCGUGUGAAAAGUCAUUCUCCCAGAAAGGUAACCAGUUUAAACACAAGCGUAUUCAUACAGGGAAGAAACAAUAUGGAUGUGAUAUCUGUGGGAAAUCAUUCUAUCGAAAUGAUCACUUAACAGACCACCAGCGUUGUGGUAAAUCUUUCACCCGAAAUACUAGAUUAACUUUUCACAAACGUAUUCAUACAGGAGAGAAGCCAUAUCAGUGUGAUAUCUGUAGUAAAUCAUUCUCUCGACUUGAAUACUUCACUGCACACAAGUCUUUACAUACUGGAGAAAAGCCAUAUCAGUGCAACAUCUGUGGUAAAACAUUCACUGUAGGUUCUAACUUACGAGCACACAAACGUAUUCAUACAGGAGAGAAACCUUUUCACUGUGAUGUCUGUGGUAAAUCAUUCCAUAAAAGUAAUGCCUUAAAAGCACAUAAGCGUAUUCAUUCAGGAGAGAGGCCAUAUAACUGCGAUAUCUGUGGUAAAUCAUUCUGUCAAAAUGGUGCCUUAAAAGUACAUAAGCGUAUUCAUACAGGAGAGAGGCCAUACAUUUGUGAUAUUUGUGGUAUAUCAUUUCCUCAAAAUAUUAACUUAACUAAGCACAAACGUAUUCAUACAGGAGAGAAGCCAUAUCGCUGUAAUAUCUGUGGUAAAUCGUUCUCUCAAAGCAGUGUUUUGAAUUAUCACAAACGUAUUCAUACAGGAGAGAAGCCAUACCAAUGUGAUAUCUGCAAUAAAUCUUUCUCUCGGAAUGACAGGUUGACUACUCAUUGGCGUACUCAUACAGGAGAGAAGCCAUUUAAGUGUGAUGUUUGUAAGAAGUCAUUCUCUGACAGUAGUAAGUUAAUAAUACACAAGUAUAUUCACACAGAAAAGAAGCCAUACCAGUGUGAUAUUUGUGGUAAAUCAUUCUCUCAAAGUAAUAAUUUGAUGACACACAGGCGUAUUCACACAGGAGAGAAGCCAUAUCAGUGCAAUAUCUGUGGAAAGCCCUUCUCUGAGAAUAGUAACCUAACAAAACACAGACGUAUUCAUACAGGAGAGAAACCAUUUCAGUGUGAUAUCUGUGGUAAAUCAUUCUCACAGAAUGGUAACCUAACUAAACACAAACGUAUUCAUACAGGAGAGAAACCAUAUCGGUGUGAUAUUUGCGGUAAAUCAUUCUGUGGAAGUAGUGAGUUGACUAUACACCACCGCAUUCAUACAGGAGAGAAGCCGUAUCAUUGUGAUAUCUGUGGUAAAUCAUUUUCUGUAAGUAGUGCCUUGAUUUCCCACCAACAUAUUCAUACAGGAGAGAAACCAUAUCAAUGUGAUGACUGUGGUAAGUCAUUCUCUCGAUUUCAUUACUUAACAUCACACAAGCAUAUUCAUACGGGAGAGAAGCCGUAUCACUGUGAUAUCUGUGGUAAAUCUUUCUCUCAAUGUAGCGACUUAACUAAACAUAAACGUGUUCACACAGGAGAUAAGCCAUAUCACUGUAAUGUCUGUGGUAGAUCAUUCGCUCAGUGUAGUGGUUUAACAAAACACAAACUUACUCAUACAGGAGAAAAGCCACAUCACUGUGAUGUCUGUGGCAAAUCUUUCACCCGAAAUACUUCCUUGACUUCUCACAAACGAAUUCAUACAGGAGAGAAACCAUAUCACUGUGAUUUCUGUGGUAAAUCAUUUUCUCACUUUAAUUACUUAGUGUCUCAUAAGUUUACUCACACAGGAGAGAAACCGUAUCAGUGUAAUAUCUGUGGUAAAUCAUUCCCUGUACGUUGGAACUUAGCAACUCACAAACGUAUCCAUACAGGAGAGAAGCCAUAUCGAUGCAAUAUCUGUGGUAAGUCAUUCCCAGCAAGUUCUAACUUGACAACACACAAACGUGUUCACUCAGGAGAGAAGCCAUAUCAGUGUGAUAUCUGUGGUAAAUCAUUCUCUGUACGUAGUAGCUUAACGACACAUGUACGUAUUCAUACAGGAGAGAAGCCAUACCAAUGUGAUAUUUGUUGUAAAUCAUUUUCUGAAAAUAUUCACUUAACAAUACACAAACGUAUUCAUGUAGGAGAAGAGGCAUACCAGUGUGAUAUCUGUGGAAAAUCAUUUUCUCAAAGUAGUCAUGUAACUACUCACAAACGUAUUCAUACAGGAGAGAAGCCAUAUCAGUGUGAGAUCUGUGAUAAAUCAUUUACUCGAAUUGAUUAUUUAACUUCACACAGACGUAUUCACACAGGAGAGAACCCAUAUCACUGUGAUAUCUGUGGUAAAUCAUUCUCUGCAAGUAGUAACUUGACAGCACACAAACGUAUUCAUACAGGGGAGAAGCCGUAUCUCUGUGAUAUCUGUGGUAAAUCAUUCUCUGUGCGUAGUGUCCUAACAUCUCACAAACGUAUUCAUACAGGAGAGAAACCAUAUCACUGUGAUAUCUGUAGGAAAUCAUUUUCUGACAGUAGUUACUUGAGAAUACACAAACGUAUUCAUACAGGAGAGAAGCCAUAUCACUGUGAUAUCUGUGGUAAAUCAUUCUCUGUAAGUAGUAAAUUAACUAAACAUACACGUAUUCAUACAGGAGAGAAACCAUAUCAGUGUGAUAUCUGUGGCAGAUCAUUCUCUGGAAGUGGUAACUUAAAGACACACAAGCACAUGCAUACAGGAGAGAAGCCGUAUCACUGUGACAUCUGUGGUAAAUCAUUCGCUGGAAGUAGCAACUUAAUUAAACACAAACGUAUUCAUACAGGAGAGAAACCAUAUCAGUGUGAUAUCUGUGGUAAAUCAUUCUCUCAGAAUCAACAUCUAACUGAACACAAACGUAUUAUCCAUACAGGAGAGAGACCAUAUCAUUGUGAUAUCUGUGGUAAAUCAUUCUCUUUCAAUCGUCACUUAACUAAACACAGACGUAUUCAUACAGGAGACAAGCCAUUUUAUUGUAACAUCUGUGAUAAAUCAUUCUCUGAAAAUAGUGAACUUAUUUCACACAAGAAUAUUUGCACAGAAGAGAAGCCAUAUCAGUGGUAA